UCCUCUUGCCACUGAAGCUCGGCCUCCUCCUUCGCCGUUAAGCCAUCCAUUGCCGUCGUUCUCUCCUCCAUCAUCAAACCAUCUCUUCUUCAACGCCCCAUCGUUGCCGUUCUCUCAUCCUCCGAUAUCAACCCAUCAUCUAUUCAUCUCCAUUGCUUUUCUCGUGUGUAUUUCUCGUCUCUGACCUCUGACCGACUCAUACCUUGCUUCUUGUCGUCGCCGGUUGUCUCACGCCAGCAUCUAUGAAUAGUGAAGAAAUGACCCCGCUGCCGCACUCUCGUGUCUCGCCCUCGCCUUCUCCCCGCCCUCUCGCCUCUCGCCUCUCACCCUCCUCUCACAAGAGAAGCGCCACCGUUCAGUGAGCUUGUAGCCGCUGCCGCCCUCCACAUCUCCUGCUGUUGCAUUACACUGACUUGGGAUCUCACUGAGGUUUGAUUCUUGGAGGCCCUUUGCUACUCUAGAUAGGAUUUCCUAUAUUGACAACUGUGGUUAAAAUGGAUGAUACUUUUAUUAACGACAGGCCUGAGGAUGUGUCCUGGCUAUGUUCCCUUUCAGAGUCUGAGAUUGAUAUGCUGAUAAAUUUAAAGUUGUUGAUCCUUCACCGUGCUAAGAGGAUAGGUCAUGUGCAACUAGCUGAGAAAUUUGACCUUAAAGUGCUUCGAGCAAUUGCAUUCAUUUUGAUAGAAUAUCUCAAAGAACAAUUGAAAGAUUCAUCACUUACUCUAGAUAUGGUGAAGCCUGCUGCUUUUUUGGAUGCUUGCAACUUUUUGAGAUGUAAUCAUGAGGGUGUCAUGAGUGUUGAAGAUUUAAGUAAAAAUAUUGGCAUUGAUCCACAACACAUUGUGAGAGGAUAUACCGACUGUUACUGGUAUAAAUUGCGGGGAAAUGCUUGCACCUGUGAACACCAAUAG